CCUUCCUCAACUCGUUGCCUGUGGAAGACUAGGAAGUGGAAGCUACAUAUCCCAGGGUUCAACGUUCUUUCCUUCCUUCUGCUGUGGCUGCCAUUGGGCUACAUUAGCGCCGCAGCCAUGGCCAUCCGAUAUCCCAUGGCCGUGGGCCUCAACAAAGGCCACAAAGUCACCAAAAACGUUUCCAAGCCGCGACACUGCCGCCGCCGUGGGCGCUUGACCAAACACACCAAGUUUGUGAGAGAUAUGAUCCGGGAGGUGUGUGGCUUUGCUCCUUAUGAGAGGCGGGCCAUGGAAUUGUUGAAGGUCUCCAAGGAUAAGCGAGCCCUUAAAUUCAUCAAAAAAAGGGUGGGAACUCACAUCCGUGCCAAGAGGAAGAGAGAGGAGCUCAGCAAUGUCCUAGCUGCCAUGAGGAAGGCUGCUGCCAAGAAGGACUAAACUAAACCUUUGCCCCUUUACCUAAUAAAAAAAAAUUUGAUACAUA